CCCGCCAGAGCCCACACCGCACCGAGCUGAAAAGGGACCCAGAGGGGGCUUCAGCCUCCCUUGGACUAAGGAAGGGGGCUUGGCUGUGGGACGAAGAAGAGGGAGCUCAGUAAGCCAAGCCUGGCUGGAGUAGGCAACUAGCAGGGGGGAAAGUCACCAUGGAGCCCACUUCUGGUCAGGACGACAGCCAGAAGAAAAAGCAACAGAAGGAAAAGGCCAAGAAAGCAGUUCUGGAGCUUCCCCCCAGGCCUCUCCGCUCUCUAUUCUGCCUCACCCUCCAGAACCCAGUGCGCAAGGCCUGCAUCGCCAUUGUGGAAUGGAAGCCCUUCGAGACCAUAAUCCUGCUGACCAUUUUUGCCAACUGCAUUGCACUGGCGAUCUACGUGCCCAUGCCUGAAGAUGACACCAACAAAGCGAAUACUAGACUGGAGAAGCUAGAAUACUUUUUUCUCACAGUAUUUGCCGUUGAGGCACUGCUAAAGAUAAUUGCCUAUGGAUUUUUAUUCCAUGCAGACGCCUACCUCCGAAAUGGCUGGAAUGUGCUGGAUUUCACAAUAGUAUUUUUGGGAGUCUUCACAGUGAUCCUGGAGAGAGUCAGCGUAAUCGACAACGCUCUUCUCAGUGGGCAGGGUGGUUUUGAUGUCAAAGCACUGAGAGCCUUUCGGGUGCUGCGGCCCCUACGCCUGGUGUCAGGAGUACCAAGUCUGCAAGUGGUACUGAACUCAAUCGUCAAGGCUACGUUGCCCCUGAUCCACAUUGCUGUGCUUGUUGUCUUCAUGCUUGUCAUCUAUGCCAUUAUGGGGCAGGAGCUCUUCAAGGGCAAAAUGCACAAGACCUGCUACUACAAUGGAACAGAUAUCAUUGCCACCGUGGAAAAUGAAAAACCAUCUCCAUGUACAAAUUCAGGCCAUGGGCGCCGCUGCACUAUUCCUGGUUCAGAGUGCAGGGGCUAUUGGCCGGGACCCAACAAUGGCAUCACCCACUUUGAUAACUUUGGGUUUUCUAUGCUGACUGUCUACCAGUGUAUCUCCAUGGAAAGCUGGACUGACGUCCUCUACUGGAUAAAUGAUGCCAUUGGGAAUGAAUGGCCCUGGAUCUACUUUGUCAGCCUCAUCUUACUUGGGUCGUUUUUUAUCCUUAAUCUGAUCCUGGGUGUGCUCAGUGGGGAAUUUACCAAAGAGCGUGAGAAAGCCAAAUCACGGGGUACCUUCCAGAAACUGAGGGAGAAGCAGCAAUUGGAGGAAGACAUGAAAGGCUACAUGGACUGGAUCAUCCAUGCAGAAGUCAUGGAUAGCGACCGGACACGUGGGGAAGGAAUGAUGCCAUCAGACGAAGGUGGCUCAGAGACAGAAAGCCUGUAUGAGAUUGAGGGCAUGAAUAAAUGGAUUUUGUUCUUUCGACACUGGCGGCGAUCGAACCGUCUUCUCCGCAGGAAAUGCCGUGAACUGGUUAAGUCCAGGUUUUUCUAUUGGUUUGUCCUCUUGAUUAUCGCGUUGAACACCAUCUCAAUAGCUACUGAGCAUCACCAACAACCUGAUUGGCUGACCAAGGCUCAAGAUAUUGCCAACCGGGUGCUUCUGGCCCUCUUCACGAUAGAGAUGAUUCUUAAGAUGUAUGCUCUGGGCUUCCGCCAGUACUUCAUGUCAAUUUUCAACCGCUUUGAUUGCCUUGUGGUGUGCAUUGGCAUCCUAGAGAUCGUGCUGGUGGAAAUUACCUCCAUGACACCCCUGGGCAUCUCUGUUUUGCGGUGCAUUCGCCUGCUGAGGCUCUUCAAAAUAACUAAGUAUUGGACCUCUCUGAACAACUUAGUGGCAUCUCUGCUGAACUCGGUGCGCUCCAUCAUCUCCCUCCUCACUCUCCUCUUCCUCUACAUGGUCAUCUUUGCGCUAUUAGGGAUGCAACUUUUUGGAGGGAGGUUUGACUUUGAUGAUACAGUGAUACGGCGCAGCACCUUUGAUAACUUCCCUCAGGCUCUCAUCACCGUCUUCCAGGUCCUGACCGGGGAAGACUGGACUUCUGUUAUGUACAAUGGCAUAAUGGCAUAUGGAGGGCCAGUCUACCCUGGUGUGCUGGUCUGCAUUUACUUCAUUGUUCUCUUUGUCUGUGGGAAUUAUAUCUUGCUCAACGUUUUCUUGGCUAUUGCCGUGGACAACCUUGCUGAAGCUGAAACUUUGACCUCUGCCCAGAAAGCCAAAGAUGAAGAGAGGAAGAAAAAGAAAAUGGGCCGAGGUUACCCGGAGAAGUCAGAAGAGGAAAAGCAGUUGCUGGCUAAGAAGCUGGAACAGAAAGCCAGGGGAGAAGGAAUGCCCACCACAGCCAAGUUGAAGGUGGAUGAGUUUGAAUCUAAUGUCAAUGAGAUCAAGGACCCUUAUCCCUCCGCUGACUUCCCAGGUGACGAUGAAGAAGAUGAGCCUGAAAUUCCACUGAGUCCUCGGCCACGUCCCCUGGCAGAGCUGCAGUUGAAGGAGAAGGCAGUGCCCAUGCCUGAAGCCAGCUCAUUCUUCAUCUUUAGCCCAACCAACAAGAUCCGUGUACUGUGCCACCGGAUUGUGAAUGCCACCUGGUUCACCAACUUCAUCCUCCUCUUCAUUCUGCUCAGCAGCGUCUCACUGGCAGCUGAGGAUCCAUUACGGGCCGAGUCCUUCAGGAAUAAGAUUCUAGGAUAUUUUGACUAUGGCUUCACUUCUGUGUUCACAGUAGAAAUCGUUCUAAAGAUGACUGCUUAUGGUGCUAUCCUACACAAGGGAUCCUUCUGCCGCAACUAUUUCAACAUCCUGGACUUGGUCGUUGUGGCUGUCUCUCUUAUCUCCGUGGGAUUUGAGUCCAGUGCCAUCUCAGUAGUGAAAAUCCUCAGGGUGCUCAGAGUACUGCGACCACUGAGAGCCAUUAACAGAGCAAAGGGGCUGAAGCACGUAGUACAGUGUGUUUUUGUGGCUAUCAAGACCAUCGGCAACAUUGUGCUUGUCACUGCCUUGCUACAGUUCAUGUUUGCUUGCAUUGGGGUGCAGCUCUUCAAGGGGAAGUUCUUUAGCUGUACAGAUUCAACCAAGAUCACUGCAGAAGAAUGCAACGGAUACUUCAUCACAUACGUCGAUGCCGAUCCAACACAGGUUGUGAAGCACGAGCGAAUGUGGACACGCAAUGAAUUCCACUUUGAUAAUGUAUUGUCAGCCAUGAUGUCUCUCUUCACAGUUUCCACCUUUGAAGGAUGGCCUAAGUUAUUGUACAAAGCAAUUGACACAAACGCUGAGGACGUGGGCCCCAUCUACAACUAUCGCAUGAGCGUUGCCAUCUUCUUCAUCAUCUAUCUCAUCCUCAUAGCCUUUUUCAUGAUGAACAUCUUUGUAGGUUUUAUCAUCGUAACCUUCCAGGAGCAGGGUGAAACAGAGUACAAAAACUGUGAGCUGGACAAGAACCAGCGCCAGUGUGUGCAAUAUGCACUCAAAGCACGCCCUCUGAGAUGCUACAUUCCCAAGAACCCCUACCAGUACCAGAUAUGGUAUAUUGUGACCUGCUCCUACUUUGAGUACCUUAUGUUCUUCCUGAUCACAUUGAACACCAUCUGCUUGGGCAUGCAGCAUUAUAAUCAAUCAGAGACAAUGGACCACCUCUCAGAUAUCCUUAAUGUGGUCUUCACCCUUCUCUUUACUGUGGAGAUGAUCCUUAAACUUAUAGCCUUCAAGGCUAAGGGCUACUUUGGGGACCCUUGGAAUGUCUUUGAUUUCCUUAUAGUCGUUGGCAGCAUCAUUGAUGUCAUCCUGAGUCAGAUUGAUAUAAUUCUUGCUUCCAGAGGUGGAUUGUACUGCCUAAGCGGUGGCUGUAAUGGCAUUACGAAUCCGGUGAUCCAGGGAGACAACACAAUACAACAUGCCACAGAUCCUGAUGAGGGCGGCCGAAUCUCUAUCACUUUCUUCCGGCUUUUCCGUGUCCUACGGCUGGUAAAACUGCUGAGCCGAUCAGAAGGCAUUAGAAAUCUACUAUGGACCUUCAUCAAGUCCUUCCAGGCACUGCCCCAUGUGGCCUUGCUGAUUGUGAUGUUGUUCUUUAUCUAUGCUGUGAUUGGGAUGCAGAUGUUUGGGAAAAUUGCUCUGGUGGAUGGAACCUAUAUAAAUCGGAACAACAACUUCCAGACGUUCCCACAAGCAGUGCUGUUGCUAUUCAGGUGUGCAACUGGUGAGGCCUGGCAGGAGAUCUUACUGGCUUCCAGCUAUGGCAAGCAAUGUGACCCUGAGGCUGACUUUGCUCCUGGGGAAGAAUUUACAUGUGGCACAGACUUUUCUUAUUUCUACUUAGUCAGCUUCUACAUGCUAUGCGCAUUCCUGAUUAUCAACCUCUUUGUUGCUGUUAUCAUGGACAACUUUGACUACCUCACACGGGAUUGGUCCAUAUUGGGUCCUCAUCACCUGGAUGAAUUCAAAAAAAUCUGGGCAGAAUACGAUCCUGAAGCCAAGGGCCGCAUCAAACAUCUAGAUGUGGUGACUCUGUUGAGACGAAUCCAGCCUCCCCUGGGCUUUGGGAAGUUUUGUCCACACCGUGUAGCAUGCAAGCGCUUGGUGAGCAUGAAUAUGCCCCUGAAUAGUGACGGCACAGUCACUUUCAAUGCAACACUCUUUGCUCUGGUGAGAACAGCUCUCAAGAUCAAGACAGAAGGUAACUUUGAACAAGCUAAUGAAGAGUUAAGGAUGAUUAUUAAAAAAAUAUGGAAGAGAACCAGCAUGAAGCUCCUGGAUCAAGUCAUUCCACCAAUUGGAGAUGAUGAAGUGACCGUGGGCAAGUUCUACGCUACCUUCCUCAUCCAGGAGCACUUCAGAAAAUUCAUGAAGCGCCAGGAAGAGUAUUACGGAUACCGGCCCAAGAAGAAUGCUGUUGAAAUUCAGGCUGGCCUGAGGACCAUUGAAGAGGAAGCAGCUCCUGAGAUCAAAAGAGCAAUCUCUGGGGAUCUGACAGCAGAGGAGGAACUUGAGAGAGCCAUGGUUGAGGCAGCAAUGGAGGAAGGCAUCUAUAGGAGGACAGGGGGGUUGUUUGGCCACGUUGACACCUUCAUGGAACCAAGCAGCCCACUACCACCUCAUAUGGCUAGCCAGAGACCUCUACAAUUCACCGAGAUGGGAAGCGAAGAUUUGGAUUCCCCUGUAUUCCUUGAUGACUUCCCACCAGGAGGGGGUGGCAAUGUGAACCACAGCAACAGCAACGCCAACAACAACGUGACAACGGGGGUGAUGUAUGAGAAUGAACUAGUGAGAGAGAGGAUGAUACCAUCAUCUCAUCAGCUACCUGAUCUAGCCCACAAAUGCUCUAUUCGGCCUAAAAACUGUAAAGGAAAAAUGAGCAAGGUGCCAGCUCAUGGUGUCCAGAGCCAAUCAGAACUACAGUUUUCCAUCCAGCAGAAGUCCAUUGGCUCACAAUGGACCGAUGAUGGCGAAGGGUCACCAUCUACAAGCAGCAAUGAGGGAAAUGCACUAAGGAGUACGGAAACCUCUACCCCUGCCUCCAUUCAGCUCAUCCAAGAGGCUCUGAGUUCUGGAGGACUUGAAUCCCUGGCUAAAGACUAUUCGUUCCUGAAACUGGCAAGAAAUGAGAUGGCUGCUGCCUUCCAGGUGGAGGUGACUGAGGUGGAGGAGACUGCAGCUGCUUUGUUGAAGAGAAGGGAAACCGACUCAACUACAUCUUUGUAAAAGGCUCAUUGCACGGCCAUUCCAAAUUCUAGACUGUGAGAUCUUGCCCCCAGCCUUAUCUCUUUUCCCCCCAGCAGGGCUGCUAUACAGUGCUACCCGUUUGUCUGCUUCCGGGUGGUUACAAUGAAAACACUGCAUUACCUGCUCACAGCAAUCCCUGACUGGUUGCCAUCGGCAGCAUAACAGGCUAAUGGAAAAGAUGGCAGAGGGAAAACUAUUUUCCUUGGCUGUCAAAAGAGGAGAUUUUUUAAGAAAUGGGACUCCCCGGGUGUUUCUCCCAGCAGAGUUUCCUUGCUCUCAUGAUAUCGACAGCAUACAAGCUAAAAUGAUAGAUCACCAAAUAUUCCCAAUAUUUAAUAUCAAAUGUCCCUCCUACCUAGUGAAUUUAUUUCCUCUGGGAGACAUCUUGAAAAGUGCCCUUCGAUUACAUUGUUUUCAACAGAAAGUAAAAAUGAUGAAAUGCUAGCACUUUUAAUAAACCAGGAAUGAUUAUUUUA